AUGUGGCUGUGCCAUGUCCUGCUGCUCCUGGCCAGUGCUUCCCUUUUUGCCCACCUGGGUACCACUGCUGGGUCCCACAGUCUUCGUUAUGACCUCACGGUGGUAUCCCAGGAUGGAUUUGUCCAAUCAAGACUUUUCGCUGAGGGGCACUUGGAUGGUCAGCCCUUCCUGCACUACAACAGUGAGAAAGGCAGGGCAGAGCCCCAGGGGCUGUGGGCAGAAGCGGUCCUGGGAGCGGAGACGUGGGACACAGAGACCAAGGACUUGACAGAGAAGGGGAAGGACCUCAGAAAGACCCUGGCAGACAUCAUGGCUCUGCAGGACCAGAAAGGAGGCUUGCAUUCCCUCCAGGAGAUUCGGGGCUGCGAGAUCCAAGAAGACGACAGCACCAGGGGCUUGAGACAUUUCUACUAUGAUGGGGAGCUCUUCCUCUCCUAUAACCCCAAGACCCGUGGAUGGCUAGUGCCCCAGUCCUCUGCUCAGACCCUGGCUAUGGAGACCAAGAAGUCCUGGGACGCAGAUGGCUUUCAAAGCAAGGAUUACUGGGCCCAUGUGCAGGGAGAGCUUUGUGAAAGACUGUGGAGAUAUCUGGAAUCCUGGAUGGGCUUCACGGAGAGAACAGUGCCCCCAGCAGUGAAUGUGACCUGCAACCAGGCCGCGGAGGGCGUGGUCACCCUGAUAUGCUGGGCUUUUGGCUUCUCUCCCGGGAACAUCACAUUGACCUGGCUUCAGAAUGAAGAACCCCUGAGACACGGCGCCCAGCAGUCUGGGGGUGUCCUGCCUGAUGGGAAUGGGACCUACCAGACCUGGGUGGCCAUAAGGAUUCCCCAAGGAGAGGAGCAGAGGUUCACGUGCUACGUGGAACACAGUGGGAACCACAGCACAUACCCUGUUCCACUCGGAAAGGCCCUGGUGCAUCAGAGUGGAUGGCCAGCCAUUCUAGGUGUUGUUGGUGUUAUUAGUUCCAUUACUCUGUUUGCCCUUUGGUACAAGAAGAAUAAGAAGACAACAUCGGCUGCAGAGAGCCCAGGUGAGAAAUCUGGGUAG